AUGCCACCACCUUCGCAUCCCCAGGCCAAGUUCGAUCCGAUUCCCCCACACUUGGACCUCCAUGCGCUGGUCGACCAUACACCGAAUUUCGAAUGGGUUCUUCGAAUCUCAACCGCUCAGAUCCAGGGACUAGGCCCCCAGGAGUUCGAAAGGCUGGUUCAACUACAAGUCAUUCAAGGCGGGAAGCCCUUGGUGAUUGAGAAAUGGAAUGAUGUUCUCCCUCAGUGGCUUUUCAGUGGAGAGUGGAUGGAGAAGACAUACGAUAAGAAGCAGGAAAAUGUUCGCGACAUUACCGGCCAGACGGAAAUACCGAUGACCACAGGGCACUACAUGAGAGCCAUGAAGCAGCUCACCGACCAAUGGACUCCGAGCAAUUAUCGAGACGAGAGAAGGCAACGCCUUUACCUGAAAGAUAUCGAUUGUCCGCCCGAAUGGCACGAACACCUGCAGAAGGUUAUUCCUCCCAAUCUGUUUUACAUGAACGGAAACGUCACACACGAAGGAGCAGCAGACCCUCGAGCCGACGAUGUCUUUCGCGGCUUUGGCGAUAGAACAAAGGUGGCACCUGCGGGAGAUCUCAUGUCAAGCCUGCCCGAGGAGAUGCGAGCACAGAAUCUCAUGUGCUAUAUCGGACACGAAGGAACUUUCACUCCAGCGCAUCGAGAAAUGUGCGCCAGUCUCGGACAGAAUAUCAUGGUCGAGGCUUCAGGGAGUGAGAAUGGGGAAAAACCAGGAAGCUCGAUCUGGUUUAUGACGGAGACCAAAGACCGAGAAGUCGUCCGCGAGUACUUCCUUUCUAUGCUCGGCCACGACAUCGAAAUCGAGAAGCACUUUGCCCAGAUCAACGCCUGGAAAAAGGCAACCUUCCCCGUUUAUAUUGUCGAGCAAAAGCCUGGCGAUUUCAUCCUCAUUCCACCUCUAGCCCCCCAUCAGGUCUGGAAUAGAGGUACGCGCAGCAUGAAGGUCGCCUGGAACCGCACCACUGUCGAGACACUGGACAUGGCACUUCACGAGGCCCUUCCCAAAGCUCGUCUUGUCUGUCGUGACGAGCAGUACAAGAACAAAGCCAUCAUAUAUUAUACGCUCAGGAAAUACUUCAUGCAGAUGGUGAAGGCGGAGCAGGACAGCGAGAUGGGCAUCGUUGGUUUAGGCUCCGAGAUCUUUCGAUCUUCCUCGCGGUAUAAGCAGCUGGCCAAAGAUUUCCGCCAUCUGUUCUCCCUCUACACUGAGAUUCUCGUCGACGAGAUGUUUGCAACUAAGGAGAAGAACGUCGAGUACGUCGAGUACGACUCUUGCGUCACCUGCUCGUACUGCAGAUCGAACAUUUUCAACAGGUUUUUGACCUGCAAGCACUGUGUGCGAACUCUGGUCAACGGAGACGAGGAUGCAUACGAUGUAUGUAUGGAAUGUUACGCCAUGGGUCGAUCCUGUGUCUGCAUCUCCAAACUUCAAUGGUGCGAGCAGUGGUCGUGGGAGCAACUGACCGAAAACUACGAGCUCUGGCGGGCAAUGGUCAUCAAGAAUGACGGUUUUGUCGACAUGGAGCUAUCGCCGCAGCCCCUUGAGAUCGCUCGCACUCGGCGAGGCAAGAAGGCCCUCGCCGAAAUCUGCCAGGAGGGCUUGCACAGGCGACCUUUCAAAGAUAUUUCGAGGCUUGACGAGGACAAGCCACUCACCGAGUCCGAACCCGAGCCAGAGCUGGACGACAACGGCAAGCCGAAGAAGAGAAAAUACAAGCGUAAGAAGAAGAAGGGAGAACUUCGUCGCUGCCACGUUUGCUGUCACAAGGACUACGCCUACAAGGUGCAAGUAUGCUCGAAUCCAGAGUGCAAAGAAGGCUACUGCUAUGGCGUGCUCUACCGUGCAUUUGAUCAGAUGCCGCAGACGGUGCAGGAGAACGAAAAUUGGCUUUGCCCAAAGUGCCUUGGCAUCUGCAAUUGCGGCGCAUGCCGCCGUGCCGAAAGUGGUAUCCCUUACACGCCAAAGAAUACCCUUCUAGGUCAUGAUACCCGAGCCAUUGCCGAUGACAGAAGUGUUGAGGCUCUCGUCGACUUCCGGGUGCAUAACUUGAACUGGCUCAAGACAGCUGGCGAAGAAGGUCGCAGCACGAACAGCAAACGUAUGAAGGAGCUAAGGGAGAAGGCCGAUACUGCAAAGGCUCAAGAGAAUGCCUCUCUGACUGCCGAAGACAUCGCUAACGGCGCUCACGGCGCUAACAGCCCUGCCAAGUCUGUGGAGGGUGGUAUGAACGGAUACGGUGACCAAAGCCAUACCCUUGGUGGGCAGGACGAACAUCAAGCCCAGGACCAGAGCGAUCUGAGCGCAAAUCGAGACAUGUCACGGAUGGAUAUUGAUCAGUCUGCUCCCUUGGCCGAUAUGAGUAUGGACGCCGAAUGGGACCAGACAGCGUACCCAGAUCCUUUGGGCAUGGAUGGUCAGCGCAUGUUCGGCAUGGGCUACUACGAGCAAAGUGGUCCCGAUCAGAUCCUCUUCGACCCCUUCCAAAUGCCUUCACCUGACGCGAUGGUGUUUGAUGAGGAGGCCGAGUUUGUCAAGAACAUGUUGCGGGCGCAGAAGCGGAAGGCAAAACACGAGAAUGACCAUGAUCCAGACUUCAAUGGUCCCAAGAGCCACACCAGGAAGAAGUCAAAGAAAGACGACAGUGCUGAUGAAUCCGCCAUGGAUCCAGCGUUAUUCGGUUCAGCGCUAUACGCUACUGCAGGCGCGGCAUCCGACGCUGUUGAAGGUGGAAAUGGCGAACUAGCCGGCGUGAGCGUUGGUCCUGAGGAGGAAGCCUCAGUCCAGUUGGAGAGAGAGGCAGUACAGGCAGGCAACGCAGGCAACGCAGGCAACGCAGCACGACGCGGGCCUCCGGCGCCUCAAUUUCCGGCAAAUGUUCCUUCGUUGCGACAUGCAAGGCCUAGAGCGUCUUAUGCUGAGCCAGAAGAGCCAAUGAUCGACGAUCCUGAUGAUAUGGUGCCAGCUUUCAAGCAGAGGCCGCCGGUCCAAAACGAUGAGCCACAGACGGGCGAUGGCAGCACUGAUCCCCUGGACCUGGCUUCUGACGCCAUACGUGCUCUCAUCCAGAAGGGGACUGAUGCUGCAGCCGCCAACGCCGCCGCUGCCGAAAGCGAAACUCCCAGGGUGCCGAAGAGGCGAGGCAGGCCGCCGCGGAGCGUGAAUUCGACGACGGCUUCGGUUACAAGGGUCGAUACUGUUCAGAAACCGUCUCCAGCGGAUCUUGCAGCAAGGAAUGCAGCAAAGAAACGUGAAGAACGGGCAUCGCGACGAUCCGGCUUGGGCCGUGUUGUGACGAUAGAUGGAGCCAGCUCAUUCAAUCCUAGAAAUAAGGGUCACUCUUUCAGCGACGACGACGACGAUGCAGAUGACGCAAACGCGGCUCACGAUGUGACUGAAGCUGAACUCGAAGCUCAACUGGACCGAGAGUUGGCUGGAGAGGGUCCGUCUCAGAAUGCUGCAGUCAACUCUAUCGAGACCGUAACGACGGAGGCAACUACAACUGCACAACCACUCAAGAGGCGCCGCGGUCGACCACCCAAGAACAAGACUGCCGCUGCAGAGACGGAACCCGCUGAUCGGUCACCGCCCCCACCCCCUGCGGGUGCGACAAACAUGAUGUCGAUGGCAGCUCGAGUUGCAGCUCGUGGAGGAAAGUUCAAGAUUACUUCGCGUAAGUCGCGAGAUGCGAGUGCUAACGAGACUCCGACUCGGACCCAAGCCUCUUCCGAGGGGCCUUCCAUCGACCGCAGCGAGCAGCAAGCCAAGAUCGUGCCUUCUAUUGAGGAGGCAAUUAAACCAGCAAAGGAGACGAGUAGAGCAGCUUUGAGAGAACCAAGUGUAGAUCUCACUCCUCCGCCGCCAGGCGCCUCGAGAGAGAGACAGUCGAGUUCUGAUCACACUCCUCCGCCUCCAGGUGCAGUCGGUCGACGCUGGAGAAAGUCUGGCGAAAACCAGUCGGACUUUGUUGCUCGGGUGGCGUCGCCAUCCUCUGCGUCGUCUUCUGACUCGGGCAUUCCGGCUGACCCUCCGCCUCCUGUACGCCGAGGUAGGCCUUCGGGUGGUCUUACCGUUGUGAGAAUCGGCUCCGAGUCGGAAUCUGAGAGUGAGAUUUCAUCUUCUUCCGAGUCGGAAAGCGGUCUCGAUGACGUGGAGCCUGGCAGAUUGCGAGGGGGGUCUUCCCGGGGCAGAGGUAGCAGGGGACGGGGCCGUGGAAGGCCCCGUGGAAGGGGCCGUGGUCGUGGACGAGGUUUUUGA